AUGAAGGGAUUCGGCACUCGGGACAGCGAUCUGAUCCGACUGGUUGUUACCCGAUGUGAGUACGAUAUGGUCGACAUUCGAUCAGCCUUCCAGGCCAUGUACAAAACGACGUUGGAAAAUAUGAUCAAAGGCGAUUGCUCCGGUUCUUACAAAGAUGGCCUGAUCGCUCUUGUCACCGGAAAUGCCCACUAA